UUUUAUUUAAAGAAUUCGAGUGAGAUUCUCUCUCUGCAUAAAAUUUCUUAAACUGCAAUGAGUAUGUUCUAAGACAAGAGACCCCACAUGGAUGGCCUGUCUUCUCGGCUGCCAUUAAUACACAUGUUGAGCUUUUCAAUUCUUUUUGGCAUUUUUUAUCAUGGCCUUGGAGACAUUGGUUUUCGUGGGUAUAGAAUCAAAAGUUUGUAAGAGCACGCACAGUGCUCCCUCUGCUCUUUUUCUCUACAGGGUAUGAGUGGUUUUCGUCCCUUUGGAGUACCAUCCCCAAUUGCCACACUAGUUUUAGUUUUGGAAUCUACUUGGUGGUUGAGCAAAAGAUAGUAAUAGUGGUUUUCUUUUGUAGAGUAUUGGGGGAGUUGACCUAAAAACUUGGUUGUUGAUCAGGGAAUUUUGUGGGUUUAGGCAGAAGUGGGUAUUUUGUAUUGGAGUAGAUUUAGCGUUACUUGUGAUGGGUUUAGAACAGGGUUAGAAUUAUUGAAUCUGCUGAUAGAAGUUUUGCCUCAAUUGGCAAAAAAUCUUAGUUGCGGAGGUGCACUCUGGAUUUUCGAUUUAGGCUCUCGACGGCAAAAAAUCAACUGGGUUUUUGCUUUGAAUGUAACUGUUUUUGGGCGUUUUGUGUUGUAGUACUGUUUACUAGGUUUACUUUGAAGUGGAUUAGGGUUUUUGGUGGGCUUCCAGGAGGGUUUGUGGUACUUGUCUUUGAAUAAGUUCUGUGUGUGAAGCUCGGUUCUUGACGGUUUUUGCGAGAAAGAUGGCUUGCGUGAAACUGGGAUCUAAGACUGAUGCAUUCCAACGACAAGGACAGGCCUGGUUCUGCACGACCGGGCUUCCUAGUGAUAUCGUUGUUGAAGUUGGGGAAAUGUCCUUUCAUCUCCACAAGUUUCCGCUGCUAUCUAGAAGUGGAGUUAUGGAAAGGUUGAUUGCAGAAGCAUCAGAUGAAGGAGAGGAAAAAUGUGCAAUAAAUCUUCCAGAUAUACCAGGUGGUGCCAAAACAUUCGAACUUGUUGCCAAGUUUUGCUAUGGUGUAAAAAUUGAACUUACUGCCUCAAAUGUUGUGUACCUGCGGUGUGCUGCUGAGCAUCUUGAAAUGACUGAAGAAUAUGGGGAGGGUAAUCUUAUUACACAGACUGAAACCUUUUUCAAUCAAGUAGUCCUCCGAAACUGGAAAGACUCCCUAAGGGCACUUCAAACAUGUGAGGAUAUUCUUAACUAUGCUGAAGAACUCAAUAUCACAAAGAGAUGCAUCGAGUCGCUAGCCAUGAAGGCAUCAACUGACCCAAAUCUGUUUGGGUGGCCCGUCAUGGAUCAUGGUGGCCCCAUGCAGAGCCCAGGUGGGAGUGUCUUGUGGAAUGGGAUAAGCACAGGUGCCAGACCCAAAAAUGUAAAUUCAGAUUGGUGGUUUGAUGAUGUAUCAGCUUUGAGUUUACCUUUAUACAAGAUGUUGAUUUCGGUCAUGGAAUCUCGGGGUAUCAGACAGGAUAUUGUUGCUGGAUCUCUUACUUAUUAUGCAAAGAAGUACCUACCUGGGCUGAACCGACGCAAGAGCACUAGUGAGUCUUCCACCCGUCUGACUACCGCAGUCUUGGGGUCUCCACCAUCGGAAGAAGAUCAGAAGCUAUUACUGGAAGAUAUUGACCGGUUUCUUCCAUUUCAAAAGGGACUAGUUCCAACAAAUUUUUUAUUUGGUCUGCUGCGCACAGCCAUGAUUCUGAAAGCCAGCAACUCAUGCAUGUCGAACUUGGAAAAAAGAAUUGGAAUGCAGCUUGAUCAAGCAACUUUGGAGGAUCUCCUAAUGCCCAACUUUUCAUACUCCAUGAAAACACUUUACAAUGUUGACUGUGUGCAGCGGAUCCUCGAGCAUUUCCUUGCCAUGGACCAGAUUACAGGUGGGGCCUCGCCAUGUUUAGUUGAUGAUAGCCACCAGAUCAUCGGGUCCCCUUCGUUAACACCUGUCACAAUGGUAGCCAAGUUAAUUGAUGGGUACUUAGCAGAAGUUGCCCCUGAUGUAAAUCUGAAGCUCCCGAAAUUCCAGGCUCUUGCUGCUGCUGUUCCUGAGUACGCCAGACCCCUGGAUGACGGUCUUUAUCGUGCAAUAGACAUAUACUUAAAGUCACACCCAUGGUUGGCGGAGUCCGACAGAGAACAACUCUGUAGGCUGAUGGACUGCCAGAAGCUCUCUUUGGAAGCCUGCACUCAUGCUGCACAGAACGAGAGACUACCAUUACGAAUAAUAGUCCAAGUCCUCUUCUUUGAGCAGCUUCAGCUUAGGACUUCAAUUGCUGGCUGCUUCCUUGUAUCCGACAAUCUGGACGGAUCAAGACCGUUGAGAAGUGGUAUUGCUGCAUCUUCUGAGGGAGGCUGGGCGACAGCAGUAAGGGAGAAUCAGGUUCUGAAGGUGGGAAUGGAUAACAUGAGGAUGCGGGUCUCUGAGCUCGAGAAAGAGUGCUCAGACAUGAGGCAGGAAAUCGAGAAGUUGGGUCAAACAAAGGGUUCUAACACCUGGGCGAAAAAAUUCGGGUUCAAGUUAAAGUCUCAAAUGUGCAGUGCUCAAGAGGGGUCUGUCAGCAACCAGAAUAGUAACAGUGGUAAGAUUGAAAAGGCCAAGCAGAAGAGAAACUGAUCUGUAGAUGGCUAACAUCUUAUUAUUUCUCCUCCUCUUUGCUUCAUUUAUCUAUAGUUCCAACUUCUAGUUUUCAGAUUCCACUGUUUCUGUGUCUCAGAAGACUUUUUUUUUUUUUUUCAUUGUUUUCAUUGUAUCAAUCUUGUAAACUGUAGAUGGAAGAACAAGAAAGUGUAAUUGGUGUUCUCUUGUAAAAGGUUAAACUGUUAAAGGACUCUCCUUCAUUCUUCUAGUUUUGAGGCAAACAUUUCUUUUA